AUGAGAUUCUCCAGUUUGUGCGGCAUCGCUGCCGCCGGGCUGUCCUGCUCCGUAUGCGCAGUCGGGGUGUCCGGCGCCGCUCAAGGAUUCGCCAAGGGCGUCACGGGAGGUGGUAGUGCCACAGUCGUGUAUCCCACCACCACGGCUGAGCUCGUCUCUUACCUAGGCGACAGCUCCGCCCGCGUCAUCGUCCUGACCAAAACGUUCGACUUCACCGGCACCGAGGGCACCGUGUCGGCCACGGGCUGCGCGCCCUGGGGCACGGCGUCGGGUUGUCAAACCGCCAUCAACGCCAAUGACUGGUGCACCAACUACCAGCCCGACGCUCCCAAGGUCAGCGUUCAGUACGACUCGGCUGGCCUGCUGGGGAUCACGGUCAAGUCCAACAAGAGCUUGAUCGGUUCCGGGACCGCCGGUGUUAUUAAGGGCAAGGGGCUGCGUAUCGUGAGCGGGGCUAGUAACAUCAUUAUCCAGAACAUUCAUAUCACGGGGCUGAACCCGCAGUAUGUCUGGGGCGGGGAUGCUAUCACCUUGAAUGGGGCGGAUAUGGUUUGGAUCGACCACGUCAAGACCUCCCUUAUUGGCCGCCAGCACUAUGUCUUCGGCUACGACGCCUCCAACCGCGUCACUAUCUCCAACUCGGAGAUCGACGGCUCGACCUCAUGGUCCGCCACCUGCGACGGCCACCACUACUGGGGCCUCCUCUUCGACGGCUCCAACGACCUCGUCACCCUGCAACAAAACUACAUCCACCACACCUCCGGGCGAUCCCCAAAAGUCGGCGGCAACACCCUCCUCCACAUGGUCAACAACUACUUCUACGCCUCGUCCGACCACGCCCUCGAGGUCGAUGCCGGCGCCAUGAUCCUCGCCGAGGGCAACGUCUUCCAGAACAUCCCCUCACCCGUCAUCAGUCCCAUCAGUGGCCAGCUCUUCGGAAGCCCCGAUACGAAUACUAACGCGGAGUGUUCGACUUAUUUGGGCAGGGCCUGUCAGUUGAAUGCUUUCGGCAGUUCGGGGUCGUUGGGCGGGACGGACACCGCGUUUUUCGUGAAUUUCCAAGGGAAGAAUAUUGCGGGGGCCACGACAGCAGUUGACGCGAAGGCUGUUUCUACUUCUGCGGGAAUUGGCAAGGUUUGA